AACGUCCGUUUAUUAUACGAAAUGGACACCGUUAAGGAAUACGUCGGAUAUAUCAAUCCCCAUUGGGUAACCGUAGUUUCAACGGGAAUGUACACUUAUCUCCGACACAUAUGUAUAAUCGGUUUGUGUUUCGAGGAAGAAAAUAAUCCACCGUUCGAUCCUUCUUAUUCUUCGAUACUUUUCGUUUUCUCUGCAUUGUGCCUUUUAGCAGAGUACAGACUUUGGCCGAGAUCAUUGAAAGAACCACCGAUACAACUUCUUUAUAUUUACGAGAUGUUGGUGGCCUCGUUAACUACGAACCUUGUAACUCGUGCUAUCUGGAUACCAAUGAUGCACGUAAUAUUUUGUCUAACUCAAGAAUCAAGCACAUGGUUAUUAUGGUUAAAUACGACAAUAGGUCUUAGUCGGUACUCAUUAGUAACGACAUUGGCUCAUUAUCUGGCUAAGGAAAAUGCAGCUACGCAUAUGGCAUUUUGUUUAUCUUUAUUGUCUUUCGUGUGGAUGUUAGAUGCCACUGAGUCACUGGACACUAUUUUGGAUAUCUGGGCCAAGUAGUAAAAUGAUAAGAUAAAAUAAGUAAGAAACGCGUUAAACGAAUUGGACUUUGUUUUAUUUAAUCUUAUCGUUAAUUGAUUUUUAAUUAUAUAUAUAUUUUACUAUUGCAAAUUCAAAUUUUCAUUAUGUUCUUAUCGACAGAUUAAAUAGAAAAUUAAUUAUUUAUGCAUUUAUUCAUUAAAUAAACAAAAAUGUUUUAUCGAGUUACUUCUUUUAUCUUCAGGAUCGAAGAAACAUUUAAAAAACCUUUGGAAUCUAACAAGUCAUUCGAAAAAAGAAUCUCUUUUCGAAAUCCCGAAGUGUCGGAUUGGUUUACUUACAAACUCACGACUAACAAUAAACCUAAUCUAUGAAAAAUCAUAAAUGUUAUUAUAUGAAUGUUAUUCGUUGUUCGUUUCACGUCAACGUCUCGCAAAUAUGCGAGAUUCAUUAAAAAAGAAAACAUUACUACUUCUUUUAUUUGAUUUUUUAAGAUUUAUAUCUUUUAUAUAAAA